AGUUGCAGUGAACUUAGUAGGUUUUUUUAUUUUGGUUUUUUGUUGUUUUUGGUAAUUUUUUUCAAUUUUUUUUAAUAUGAAUGACCAAGAAUUAAAUAUAAAAUUUGUUAAAGAGGUGGAGAAGCACCAGGAAGUUUAUAAUUAUAAACUUCCUGACUACUCCAGAAAAGAUGUAACUGAGAAGGCAUGGCAAGAGGUUGCCGCCGAAUUAAAUAUGACAGAAAUGGAAACUAAAACGUUAAUACUACCAUCGCCGAGCACAAUCAAUGAAAUAUAUAGCGAAUUGGAUACGUCGGAGGAAAAAAUGGAACUCGACAUAAAAAUUCUCAAAGAGUGGAUGCAAAAACAACCUCACCUUCCUAACCCAGACGAUGACGAAAAAUUAAUUGAUGAAAAGCGAAUCAAAAUGUUUCUUAUCAUGUGUAAGAAUAGUUUGGAGAAAACCAAAGUAAAGUUGGACCAGCAUUACACUAUAAAACUCUCAAUACCAGAACACUAUUCUAAAUGGGAUCCCACUUCACCAGAAAUGGUUCAAGCAAUGAAACUAUCUUAUUUUGUCCCAUUACCAAAACCUACACAUGAGGGCCACAGAGUUACCAUUCAAUGUGUAAGGACUGAAGAUGCCGAUAAUUACGUAUUUAAAGAUCAUGUUAAAAUGUACAUUAUGGAAUUAGAUCUCAGAAUUGCCAAGUUAGACAUCUAUAAAAAGGAUGUAAUCAUAUUUGACGCGAAAAAUACUACAAUGAAUCACGUAACAUCAAUAUUACCCUACUUUAAGAAAGCCAUUGAAAGUUUACUUGCGGCAUAUCCACUAAGGCUACAUGAAAUUCACUUUAUUAACGUAAAAAGUUUCGUACAUCCACUAGUUAAUGUAGGAUUAAGUCUUCUGAAAAAGAAACUUGCCAACAGGGCGUUUAAUCACAAAUCCGUUGAAGAAUUGAAAAGUUACAUCGAUCCUAGUAUUCUUCCACUUGACUACGGAGGAACUUAUCCAAAGAUGUCUGACGAAAUAGUAGAUGACUGGCAUGAUGAAAUGAUGAAGCAUCGAGAAUGGUUUAUAGCACAAUCGUCAAUUGUUGCAGAUAAUAGUAAACGCCCAAAAAAUUCCAAUAAUGAUUUGGAUAAUUUUGAAAACGCAAUUGAAGGUUCAUUUAGGAAAUUAGAGGUUGAUUAAUCAACUAAUUAGUUGAUGAUUCAUGUGUUAAUAAAAAUUAGCUAGGUCUUCUAGAAACCAUCAUGCAUUAUAACUGUGCAUAAAGGUGCAUCAUACAUGCUGUUAUCUUAAUAAUAUAUUUAUAUAUUCAUUAAAAUUUUCUAGUUAUAAAGUAUUUUGUUUUUCUAACAUCUUAGUCUAAUACUAUGUGGUGUAGACAAUUACGUAAGGGUUUAAUAAUAUUAAGUUGUGUUGUAGUAUAAAUGUGAAAAAAUAUGUUACUUUUUUGAAAUAAAUAUAACAAAUUGUGUAAGUAACAUAAUAUGAGAGUAUAGUUUGUACGUUGUAACUUUCUUGCAUUGUAAAAUAUUGUUACAAGUUUUAUAUGGUUUUUUUAUGGGGUUUUAAAUACAGUAACAAAUAAUUAAACCUCCGAAAACAACAACAAUGUUUUUCUUGUUUUAUUUUAGGAGAUAAAAUGUAAAAUAAAUUAGAAGACUUUCGUAAGACAAUGGAUGAAAGUUUAGGUGUCGCGUUUAAGCUGGAAAAAUAUAAAGAUUCCAAUUUGUUUACAAAUUAAGUAUUA